UAGGGGCGCCAUCUAUAAACUUAUUUUUUAAACUCUUACAUGGUUGCCAUAUUUGAUAUAGGGAUUCUUAAAAAAAACAUAAAAUUGUGUUUCUGAAACACUCAUUUAAAUAUAGAAAAUAACCUUAAAACGAUGUCAGUAGGGGAAGAUAUUGAAUUAAGAGAUUUGUUGGCCCAAACGUUGGAAGAAAAUGGCUGCAUUGCAAAAAUUAAAGCACAAUUACGAGCAAGUAUAUUUUUGGCCCUAGAUGAAGACAUUAAGCUCAGUAGUAAGGAACCUAUGCUCAAUACCAAAGUCAAAAAUUAUUUGGAAUCAUCUGAAGGGCAGGUUAUGUUUUGUAUUGUAAAAGAGUUUUUAGAUUUUUUUAAUUUAUUUUACACAUUAUCUGUAUAUGAACCGGAGUCAUAUUUAGGGACUGCAUAUAAAUACAAUGGUAGACAAAAGGUAUUAAAAGAUUUAGGCUUAGAUGAAAAAAGUACACUUCCUAUUCUUCUACAACUAGUAAAAAUUGCUCAGGCAAAGUCAAGAAGCAUAGAAAUCAACUUGAAUUUAAAUGGAAAUGGGCACAAUAAAUCAGAAUUGGAAACCUCAAGCAACAUUAAGACUGAAUCCUCAACCUCCUUGCCAUUGGAAGAAGAAAACUCAUAUUCAAGAGAAAAUGAAACAAAACACAAAGUUAAUAGCACUCUGAAUGCCAGUGAAACACGGUUUAAUCAGAGCAAAGAAGAAAACAAAACCUUUGAAAUAAGAAGCCCCUCAGUAGCUUUGAAAAAUGCUCAACCAGAAGAAAUUAAGGAGAUUACUGAAAAACAAUCAAGCCUUAUUACUGAGAAUGAUGAUACAUUCGAAGAUACCAGUUCAAUAGCCGAAGACAGUAUUAAAACAGGCAGUAAGGGGGAAUCAAAUAUAACCAAUGGAAAUAGUGAAAACAACGAAAUAUCUCAACCAAUUUUGAAGGAAAUUAAAAUGCCUCCACAAAAAUCCAAGGGUGGCCUGAGUUCUUUAACAGAUUUACCUCCUUUGCCAAUGAGCAAAAGUAGAGUUGCAGGGGAUAUUCUCCCCACUCCAUACAGCAAGGAACUCAAGGAAAAAUCGAAUCUAAGGGAGCUUGACAAACUUUUUGACAUGCAAACUGAGUACGAAGAAGAUUUUAUGUGUGGGGGAGAUUUAAGUUUAACUGAGCAAAAUUUAAAAUCUGCCGCGUUAAAAAUUAAUUUAAACGAGGAAAAAAGUAAAAGUAAAUCUUUGAGAAGUAGUAAAGAAGAUGGUGAAGUUAAUUCAGAUCCAGGGAAUAGUACAAGUAAAUCUAUAAGUGAAAACUUGGAAUUUAACACUAUGUCCGAUUAAGUGCCUACAGUAACAAUAUUGGAUACAACGCAUUUUUUGCAAUAUUACCUCAGAAUGUGGCCUUUCACUUAAAUUUAUAUCUUGUCAAAUAACAAAAAAAUGAAAUGAAUUUUUAGGAUUACUAAUAUAUAGUAAGAAAAAAUUUUGUAUGCUCAAUUUAAUAUUUAUUUUAGUUGUAUGCAUUUUAAAGCCAUUUAAAUAAUUUUUAAACGAAACCCAUAAUUUAGUGUUUAUUUAGGAUUAUUUAUAUACAGGGUGUUUAAAAAACAUGCGCCAAUGCACGACUUGAGAUUCGUUAUCCAAAAAUAUGAAAACAG